AUGGCGUCAUCCGCUACCGACCGAACCGGGCCCUCUCCCCCGAGGCUCUGGAUGGUGGAAGCGAAUUCCGUCAAGAACAUGGAACUGAACGGUGCUCUGUUAACGUUAGCGUUACACGACCGGCAGAAGCAGCUGGAGAAGGAAGCCGCUGAGAGAAGGCUCGGAGUUCCCGGUGGUAGAGACGCGGAUAGGGAAGCGGCAGGAGGAGGAGGAGGAGGAGAGGUGGAGCCGAAUCAAGAAAGAAGAGGAGCAGCAGGAGCAGGAGGACGCGAAGGGGUGUUGGAGUCGAGUCCGGGAAUUGAAAUUGUGCUGUGCUUCGUGGCGGGAGAAGGGCUAGGCAUUCUGGGCGCGGCCCUCCAGCAGAAGAGCGGUGGGGGCAGCGAGGGGGUGUCCCCUGUACUGCAGGCGCUGCUGCACUCCCUGCUGAAACCCCUCUUUCCCCUUCUGCUUCCCGCCUGCCCUACCCUGUCUCUCCUCAGUGGGCGCGGCCCUUCAGCAGAAGGGCAGCGGGGGCAGCAGCGAGGGGGUGUCCCCUGUACUGCAGGCGCUGCUGCAGCCGCUGCUGGCGCAGUGCGGGCAGGCGCGCGUGCCUGCGCGCGUGCACGUGGAGUGGGGGCAGCGGCGGGACGAGGCGCUCUGUCAGGCCGUGCGGGCCACUGCAGCAGAACGGCUCUACGUGGGGAACAAGAGGUGGGUGGGUGGGGAUCAAGCGGGAUCUGCCAGGCCGUGUGGGCCACUGCAGCAGAACGGCUCUACGUGGGGAACAAGAGGUGGGUGGAAGCAGCAAGGGAAGUGGGUGGGUGGGUGGAAGGGGACGACGAGGUGAGCUGGUUUGUCUUCCGCCUUCUCACUCAAUCCACGCACCCCUUGCUCCGCCGCCUCCCCCCUGGCUGCAUGCUAGUGGUGGGCCAACCAGGCUCCUCCUCCUCCUCCUCCUCCUCCAAACGCUCACGCAAGUCCAAACCACGCAAAGGCAGCCCCUCCAGUCCAAAUCCUGCCGCCCCUGUUGCGUCGGCAUCGCCUCGCUUCCCUGACUCGCAUUCCUCGUCUUCUUCUGCCACUCCUGCUUCACGCAAAGCUGGCUCCUCUGGCUCUUCCUCCUCCUCUGCGGCUCAUGCUCCUGCUGCCACCGCCACCGCCGCUGCUGCUGCUGGCUAUCCUGCUGAUGAACACUGUUACGACAAUGACGGCGGAGAAAACGACGCUGGAAGUGACAACGACAACGACUAUAACGAGAACGACUAUAACGAGGAUGAGGAUGAUGAGGAGGAGGAGGACGACGACGAUGACGAUGGGUACGACGCGGUGUGUCGGCCCAAGUCCUCCUUCACUAUAGCGGACUGGGAGGCAGAGCUGCAGCGGGUGGCCAUCGGGCAGCAGAGGAUCGUGUCUCUGUGGGAUAGAGCGGAGGUGGCGGGUCGUGUGCGUGCCGGGAGUGCUGCUGCCGCCUUGGGAAGCCCUGGUGGGGUGCCUGCUGCUGGUAGCGUUGGCUUUGGUGCUGGUGCUGCUGGUGCUGCUGGUGGUGUUGGUGCUGGUCGUGGUGGUGGUGGUGGGGGUGUUGCUGCUGGUGCUGGGGUGCCAGCGCGCCUCCAGCAGAGACGGGCGAACCCCAGGGGCCGAGGCUUCUUCCCCUCUUCCUCCUCCGUCAGUGGUACUACCAGCACCAGCAGCAGCAGCAGCAAGGGGGGACAGGGGGCGCACGGGGGGUAUGGCAAGGGGACGGGGCAGGGGGAGAAGACGUAUGGUGGGGAGAGAUCGCAUGGGGAUAAGUCUCCUCUGUGGAAGGGGUUAGAGAGUGUGGCAGCUGGGUUGUCUGCUAUUCACUCUGAUAUGCAAGCUGCCAAGAGCUCAGGUGGACGUUCAGGUGGUUUCUCAGGUGGUUUCUCAGGUGGGUUUUCAGGUGGGCGGACCGGGUGGCAUUCGCACCAGGGGAGCGAGGAUUUCCAUGUGAAGGGAAACGAGUUUGAGGGAAUCGACACGAGCCUACUCAUCGUUCCUCGUAUCGCCCCAACCUCAGCCUCUGUAGGAGGUUCGGCGGCAGGCUCGGGAGCAGCUUCGGUAGGCUCGCCGUCGCCGAACGUAACCCCGCUCACAGGCCCAGUGGGGGGUAGAGGGACCGGAGGAAUGAAGGUAGCAAGGACUGUAUCCCACGAGCAAGCAAUAGGGGGAGGGAGAAAGGGAGGGAGAGAAGGAGGAAGCAAGGCAGAAAGAGAGAGCGAAAGAGGGAUUUUGAAGGGUGGAUUGGAGCAAGGGGAAAAUCACCCUGAGAAAAGCUUGAAGGGAGAGGGAUCCCCAGCUUUACCCCAGCAACCUGUGGUGGUGGGGAAGAAGCUGUGGGUGUCUGGCAGGAGGAGCAUGGGGAGUGAGGGUGAGAUGGGGGGUGGGGUCGAGGCAGUAGCAGCAGAGGUUGCAGCAGCAGUAGGGAACGCUGCAGCGGUGGCAGCAAGAGAAGGGUCAAGAGAUGGUGGGUCGUGUGGUGCUGCUAGCCCUGCUAACAGCAGCAGCAGCAGCAGUAAUCCGGGAAUGGGGAGCACUGAGCAGCAAGCUUUCCCUAUCCCGCUUCCUUCCUCCUCGUUCUCGUCCUCCUCCUCCCAAGCCGGAUUCCAAACCAGCCGGGUAGACUCGGCGGACUGCCACCGCUUCCCCCCGGACCAGAUUCUCCGAGCCACGGGGGGCUUCUCACCCUUGCAGCUGAUUGGCCAAGGCAGGCUCGGGCCGAGUUACUGGGGGGAGAUAUUUGGGUGCCAGGUGGCGAUCAAACUGCUGACUGUGCAUGAGGACACGUGUGGAAGAACAGACAAGAAUGAGAAGACUGAAAAGACUGCAGUAGAUGGUGCAGAGGGGGGAGGGGGAAAGCAGGAAGAGGAGCGAGUGGUGGAAGCAGAUGGUGCCGCUGUUGCCUCAUCGGGUGCGUUUGGCUCCUUCGGUUCAUCCGGUCUCCUUGAUCCGUCCACAGAAGGGGGAGGUCAAGUGUCCCGAGAGAGAGUACAAGCAGCAGUGCAAGCAGCAGUGGAUGUGUUAAGGCGGCUCAGGCACCCGCACCUGCUGCUGCUGAUGGGCCACUGCCCCGAGUACCCCUGCCUUGUGUAUGAGUUCGCUCCUGGGGGCAGCCUCUCCUCUCGCCUCUCCCGCAUCCACUCCCUUAUUGCCGCUGCCACUGCUGCUGCUGCUGGUGAUGGUGGUGGUGGUUCUGGUGGUGCUGGUGGUGCUGCUACUGGAGCAGAGGAGGGUGUUGGUAACAGCAGCAGCGGUGCAGGGGACGGUGCUGCCGCUUCUCCUAGUGGAGAACGGGGCAUUACCUUCGGAGAGGAGGAAGAGGAGGAGCUAGAGGCAAUAUGGCUGUCCUGGGUGGACCGGCUGCGACUGGCCUCUGAGCUGGCAGGAGCACUGCUCUUCAUGCACCAGCACUCGCCGCCAGUGCUGCACGGCGCCGUGACUCUACAGAACGUGCUUCUGGACCGAAACUCCGCGUGUAAACUCAGCGGUGCUGGCCUCUCAUUCUCCUCGUCUCCAUUCUAUGGUAGCCUGGGGAGCAGCCCUCUCUCUGCUUCUGCCUGUGCCUCGGAUUCUGACCCCAGCAGCAGCACAGCAGUGGGAGCGGAGGGUCCAGGCCAGCAUGGCCCCAGCAGCACAGGCGUACUAAGUGACGACCUGCAUGCAUACGGCAUUGUGGUGUUACAGCUGGUAACCGGCAUCACCAGCCCCUCACUUAUCCACUCCCUCAUGCACACGCACUCGACUGCAGCAGGAGGUUCAGGGGCAGGUGGUGGGGGUGGGAUGGAUGGGCACAGGGAAGACUCAGCUGGGGAAGCAGCAGGCAGGGUGGCCGGGGGAGGGGUUUCUGGGGGAGGUGUUACCUGCGGGUUCAACCUGGCUGAGGCUGUAGACGUGUUUUUGAGCCGACUGGAUGUGACAGCAGGGGAAUGGCCAGUGGAGAUUGCAUCUGUGGUGGUGCUUCUGGCUCUGCGCUGUGCUUCGGGACAGGCAGAGCUUCGGCCGGAUCUGGCGGCUGAGGUGCAGCCGGCCCUGUCGGCUUUGGCUCGGGAAGCGGAGGAGAGUUUUGGGCGGGCAGCCCGGCAGAUGCUUAGGUCUGCCCUGAGAAGAAGGGACUUCUCUUGCUUCCAAAAGAAAGCUGUGAAGUCUCCCAAUGGCUUCCUCGAAAGAUCUCCAAGGCCAGGGGAAGUCGGCUCGAGAGUGUGGCAGCACCUUCUCGGAUCAUUCGUCUUUCAAUGGGCCGCAUGGCUAGGCCAGCUCAUGGCGGGUGCGCGCACCAAAGUUCUUGCUCUGGGCGGCUCUUUUGCCUCCACGCUGCUGCUCCCCCCGCACGCGCGCGCACCCUCCCGCGGAGGCCCCCCGCAGCUGCGCGGGGGAGUUCCCGCCCUCCUCCCCAUCACCCUCUCCGAACCCCAGGAGCGCUCCCUGAAGCAGCUACAAACGAGGAUACAGCCGCCGUUUGAAAACGACAAGGAGGAGCAUAGAUUGGCGCUGGUAGAGCUGUGGGAGCAGGCGUAUCCGGGGCGGGUGUUGACUGAGGAGGUGGAGGUGGCGGGGUGGAAGGAGAUGGGGUGGCAGGGGAAGAAUCCGGCCUCGGAUUUCAGGGGCGGGGGAUUUUUCGCGCUGGAGAAUUUGGUGUACUAUGCUCGCACGUACCCGAGGUCGUUUCAGCGCAUCAUGCACAAGCAGGAGGGUCGCCGGGUUGAGUGGGAGUACCCGUUUGGAGCAGCAGGGGUGAACAUCACCGUACUCCUUAUAAGCAUUCUCGACUUGCGCAAGGACAUCCCCGCAACAGUAGCUGGACGGGCCUUCCUGAAGAUGCUACCAGAGCACCCAACAGCGUUUGAGGACCUCUACUGUGUGACGUUUGAGAUGCUGGACGCUAACUGGCUGGAGCUCAAGGCGUCGUACAUGGAAUUCAAUGUGGUCAUGCAAGCCACACGAGCAGAGCUGGAACGCCAUAUGUGCCAGCCCAGCUUCACUACCAUCUCUGACCUUCCCGCCUUCGCCAGACUCACAGCAGAGUAG